AUGGACGACACCGAGAGCCCUGCGACGGGCCACGGUCGCAGCAGCCUCUCGAGGGCCAGCUCCAAUCCUCAUCCGUCACUCUAUCGGUUGAACUCGAAUCAGAGUAGCUCCAGCGUCUUCGAAGACGUGGAGAUGGCCCAUGAAGAGCAAUACUCUGGCCCUGUAGCGGAGAGUCUCCCCUCCAGCGUCUCGGCAUUUUCUCAUCGCAGAGCCCGUGCCGCCUCGACAACAAGCUUCACUUACUACGAGGAAGACCCAGAGGCCUUCUCCCCACGCAGUUUCAGCGAAGUCGGUGACAGUGGAGACUUCGACUUCUCUGCGUUUGACGACGAGGACCAGGCCGAGGACGGAUACCGCGUCACUCAUGAUGACUACCUGCUUCGCCGCUGUUCCUCUGCGCAGUCGCACAUCUCGGCUCGUGCAGGUCUGUUACGUCGCGAUAGCACUGCGACGGCUGCGAGCUCGCGUCACCAGGCCGGCCGUAACAGCCAGAAGGUGUACAUGACCAACGAGGACCUGACCAUUGCAAUCGCCGGGUUCCGCACUGGCCUCGUCGGAUACACGGCUUACAUCCUCCUGUGCAUUCUCUCGUGUGGUGUGGCCUUUCUCCUAUUUCGAUGGCUCCCGCGCUGGUAUGUCGGCGUUGUCGGCCAACCUUGGCCUUUGAAGGACUGCGACUGGGUUGUCAUUGAAAACCAAUGGGGCGAACUGGCCGUAGUAUCCGUCAAGUCGCAGCUGUACGGUCGGCCAGUCUCCACUGUCUUUGGACUACCCGAGAAGAUGUUCUCGUAUGGGUUAGACGACGAAAACGAUCCAUUGAUGGACAACUUGCGCAUGCUUGAUUAUCGUUAUGUGCGUCUUUGUUUCCAUCCACUCAAAGACAAGUUUGUCCUGUCAACUGGUUGGAAGGAUCCCGAGUGGACAGAUGUACGCCUGGUUCGCUGUGGCCUUGACAGCGACGAAAAGGCCAUUAGGGAGGUUGUUUUUGGAAGUAACCUUAUUGACAUUGAAGCAAGGUCGUCGGGCCAGAUACUAGUUGACGAGGCUCUACAUCCGUUUAAUAUCUUCCAGAUCGCCAGCUUGAUACUCUGGUCGAUGGACUCGUACUAUUACUAUGCUGCCUGUAUCUUCAUCAUUUCGGUCGGGAGCAUCGCCACGACGCUGAUUGAAACGCGAGCGACAAUGAAGCGGCUACGCGAAAUCUCACGGUUCGAAUGCGACGUUCGGGUUUUGAGGAACGGAUUCUGGAAAUACAUUUUGUCUAGCGACCUGGUUCCGGGCGACGUCUACGAACUAAGCGACCCGAAUCUGAAUCAGUUUCCUAGCGACAGCCUGCUUCUUAGUGGAGACUGCAUCGUCAACGAGAGCAUGUUGACUGGUGAAUCUGUGCCGGUUUCCAAGAUUCCCGCAACCGACGAGACACUACGAAGCAUGGACCUUGGCGCUCCCUCGGUGUCUCCCGAGACCUCCCGACACUUCUUGUUCUGCGGCACCAAAAUCAUUCGCACGAGGCGCCCACAAGAGGAUCAGGGCGAAGACGCCGCUGCCCUGGCCCUGGUGGUCCGGACCGGGUUCAACACCACCAAAGGCGCUCUUGUUCGAUCCAUGCUCUUCCCGAAACCGUCCGGGUUUAGUUUUUACCGCGACUCGUUUAGAUACAUCAGUGUCAUGGCCGCGGUCGCAUUUCUGGGCUUCAUUGCCUCUUUCAUCAAUUUCAUCAGGCUGGGCCUUGAGUGGCAUCUGAUCGUUAUCCGGGCUCUGGACCUCAUCACGAUUGUUGUCCCGCCCGCGCUGCCUGCUACGUUGACUAUUGGCACCAAUUUCGCCAUUGGACGCUUGAAGAAGAAACAGAUAUUCUGCAUCAGUCCGCAGAGGGUGAAUGUCGGUGGCAAGUUGGACAUUAUGUGCUUCGACAAGACAGGCACGCUGACCGAGGACGGCCUGGAUGUGCUCGGCAUCCGCGUUGCCACGACUGACACCAACAGGUUCAGCGAUCUAAUUUCAAAACCGCCUCUGUUGGAGAACAGAAGCGACGUCAAAAUGUUCAACUUCACCAAGUGGUCCUUUGACGAGGGCAAGCAAAGGACGACGGAAGGAGAGGAUGAGGCGCAAGGCAGCCUUGCGCCCUCGAUUGCACGCCCCCCCGAUGGGUCCCGAGAGCUGGGUAUUCUCAAAGCCUUCGAGUUUGUCUCUCAGCUGCGGCGGGCAAGCGUGAUUGUCCGGCAAUUUGGGCAAAAGAGUGGCGACAUCUUCGUCAAGGGGGCACCUGAGGCUAUGCGGGAAAUAUGUCGCGAAGAGAGUUUUCCGAGUGACUACGAAGAGCUUCUGUCCCACUACACCCAUAAAGGAUAUCGGGUCAUCGGCUGUGCAACCAAGUAUCUGCCGAAACUCAGUUGGGUCAAAGCACAGAAGAUGACCCGGUCCGCAGUUGAGAGCGAGCUUGACUUCAUAGGCUUUAUCAUUUUCGAAAAUAAGCUGAAGCCUACGACGGCGGCGGUGCUGAAGGAGCUGCAGGAUUCCUGCAUUAAUACCGUGAUGGUGACCGGAGACAACAUCCUCACAGCCGUCAGCGUUGCGCGAGAAUGUGGGCUCCUCGAUCGCAACGCACACUGCUUUGUGCCCCGAUUCGCCCGAGGUAAUGCCCGUGACCCCCUGGCCGAGCUACAGUGGGAAAGCAUCGACAACAGCAUGUACAGUCUCGACGGGUCGACUUUGUUGCCUCUUCCGGCCCCUCCAGAGGGUGAUGCCUCUCUUCCAUACGACAUUUCCAACCUACGAAACUACUCGCUGGCAGUCAGCGGGGAAGCAUUUCGGUGGAUUGUGGAUUACGCGCUGCCAGGAGUUCUCCGGACACGUGGCAAGAUGCUCGUCCAGGGGAAAGUUUUCGCAAGAAUGUCACCGGACGAGAAACAUGAGCUGGUGGAGAAGCUCCAGAGCAUAGACUACUGUUGCGGCUUUUGUGGUGAUGGGGCCAACGACUGUGGCGCCCUGAAGGCUGCAGACGUUGGCAUCUCACUCUCAGAGGCAGAAGCUUCCGUGGCGGCACCGUUCACGUCUCGCGUGUUUGACAUACGCUGCGUCUUGGAGGUGAUCAGGGAAGGACGAGCUUCGUUGGUGACGAGCUUCAGCUGCUUCAAGUACAUGAGCCUGUAUUCGGCCAUUCAGUUCACGUCUGUCAGCUUCCUCUACGCGAAUGCAUCGAAUCUGGGGGACUUUCAGUUUCUCUUCAUCGACCUGCUCCUAAUCCUGCCCAUUGCCGUCUUCAUGGGAUGGGCAGGGCCGGCGCCGACGCUUUGUCGGAAACGGCCGACGGCGGACCUGGUAUCGCGCAAAGUCUUGACGCCAUUGCUGGGACUCAUGUGCAUAUGCAUCUUAGUCCAAGGUGUGGCGUACGUGACAGUCCGAGAGCAACCGUGGUACAAGCCGCCGAAGAUGAGACACGGCGGAUCCAACAUUAGGAAUUCGGAGAACACGGCGCUGUUCCUGGCGUCAUGCUUUGAGUACAUCUUUUCAGGAGUGCUGCUCAAUGCUGGACCUCCGUUCAGGCAGCGCGCGGCCCAAAAUUGGCCUUUCACGGCGACAAUCAUGCUGGUGCUGGCGUUGACGGUGUACAUGGUGGUGGCUCCGGCGUACUGGCUCAGCAAGGUCAUGGAUCUGACGCACAUAAGUUGGGGAUACAGGAUGUUCCUGAUGGGGCUGGGCCUCAUGUACUUGCUCAUGGCAUGGACAUUUGAGAAGCACUUUGCAAUGCCGAUGGCCAGGUGGUUGGGCGUCGCGAAGCAGCGCUUGACGGGAAGGGCCAAGCGACGCAAGGAAUACAAGACGAUCCGGGAGGAGAUAUGGAAAGCUCGGUGA